GCCUAAUUGGAGUCAGAUUUCAUUCAUAACUCGAUCAAAUUAACCUUUUACGAAGUAAUUUGCAAAAAUCCAACCUUCUUCAAACCAACAUAAUGGCAAACUUGUCUCUUGCUCUGGCAAUCUUGGUCUUCGUUGGUUUCGCAAGUGCAAACUUGUCCACCGAUUAUACGACCAACAUGCAAGUGAAGUACCAGUCCAACGCGAUCCGGAACAUUUUGGAGCUGUGCUCCCAAGGGAAGCCGAUUCCGGUGUCGCUCUGUACGGCGUACGAGAGCACCAAAACCACGCUCUGGACUUACGACCCCAUGUACACCGCUUCAGAAAUUGCCGACAUCGCCAAAGCCGACCAGUGCAUCGCCACCCUCCCCAAACAGAAGUCAUCCUGCACCAUUUAAAUUCAGCAAAACUUUGUAAAAGGGCCACCCACCUAAGUAGAUAAAAAAUUGGUUUCAAAAUUUCAAAUUUGCAAAUUCUUUCUACCAAAUUGUACUAAUCAGUAAUAAAAAAGUAAUUAUUUAUCUCAGCAAAA